AUGAAGAAUUCAGUAUCCGAACAGAGCUUGUACAUAGAAAGUGACGAAGAGGACGAGGAGAAGCCAUAUGAUGCAGGUGGAGAUGAACAAGAUGGGAAUGAAUCUGAUUUCUCCAAUUACUCCAAUGAUAAUAAGAAUAGCCACCAAAGCAAGCCCAAUUCAUACAAUACCUCUUGGCCUCAAAGUUACAGGCAAUCAAUUGAUCUAUACAGUAGCGUUCCAUCUCCGAGUCUUAACUUUCUCGGGACACCAUCUUUGCCUAAAAGCUCGUACCUUUCCUCAUCCCUUACGAGGAGACACACUCCAGAGAUAUUACCUUCUCUAAGUAAACCUCUCUUAUCUGAAGUAGAGGAUGAGAAAGUGCCACAACAAAGGCGUAGUUCGCAUUCUAUAUUGCCACCUGUACUGGCAAAGAAGUCGGGGAUAAAGAAAGUGAGUCUCGAGGAGAAAGAGGCCAAGGUCUCAGAUGAACUUCCAAUUUCUCGCCAUAGCUCAUACGGCCAAGCGGUGUUAAAUGGCAUGAACAUUCUACGUGGAGUUGGAGUCCUAUCUACUCCAUACGCUGUCAAAGAAGGAGGUUGGCUCGGGAUUUCUGUAUUGCUGAUUUUCGCUGUGCUUUCUUACUACACUGGAAUUCUCUUAAGACACUGUUUGGACAGCCAACCGGGAAUUGAAACGUACCCAGACAUCGGCCAGGCUGCCUUCGGUAGAGUGGGACGUAUUGCAAUAUCAGCUUGUUGCAUUGAAUUCAUUAUUUUGGAGAGCGACAAUUUGUCAUCUUUAUUUCCAAAUGUACAUUUAAGUAUUGGAGGAUUUGAUUUAAACUCUCACCAUUUCUUUGCAUUGAUGACUGCCCUGGCCAUUCUUCCUACUGUUUGGUUGCGCGACCUGAGUGUUCUUAGCUAUAUAUCCGCUGGAGGAGUCAUUGCAUCAGUGUUGGUGGUUGCUUGCUUGUUCUGGGUUGGCUGGGUGGAUAAAAUUGGCUUUCAGACUAACGGGACAGUGCUGAACCUUUCCACUCUUCCGGUUUCUAUAGGUCUAUAUGGUUAUUGCUACUCGGGGCAUGCUGUUUUUCCCAAUAUCUAUACAUCAAUGGAAAAACCUAACCAGUAUCCUGCAGUCCUCCUAACAAGUUUUGGCAUCUGUACGGUGCUCUAUACCGGAGUUGCUAUAUUGGGAUACAUGAUGUUUGGAGAAUCAACAGAGUCACAAUUCACCCUCAACAUGCCCCAAGAUUUAGUUGCAUCUAAAAUUGCUAUUUGGACUACAGUAGUCAAUCCAUUUGCAAAAUAUCCUUUUACUGAUCCAACAUAUACAUAUGCAUUAACAAUGUCUCCAGUGGCUAUGAGUCUGGAAGAAUUGAUACCAUCAAAUGACAAAAAGUCUCAUAUAUAUUCUAUAAUUAUAAGGACUGCAUUGGUAAUGUCUACAUCACUGGUUGCUCUCAGCAUCCCCUUCUUCGGUCUGGUGAUGGCGUUCAUUGGAUCUUUACUCACAAUGCUAGUCACAUUGAUUCUUCCAUGUGCAUGUUACCUCAGCAUCUUAUGGGGUAGAAUAAACGUCUUUCAGGGCUCUGUUUGUAUCUUGAUCAUCGUAGUUGGCAUCAUAGCAUCAGGUUUCGGUACCUAUUCAGCCGUCUCUAAAAUUAUCGAGAACUUAAGUUGA